AUGUUGAUAGAAUUUGGUAAUGAUAGAAUCUGUAUUGAUUCUACACAUGGAAUUUCUGCUUAUGGAUUUGAACUUGUAACAUUGCUUGUCGUUGAUAAGUAUGAAGAGGGCAUACCAGUUGCUUUCUUAAUAUCAUCAACAGUAUCAGAAAAAAUUUUGGUAAACUUUUUUAACUGCAUCAAAAAGAUCAUUGAUAUCAAGCCAAAGGUUUUCAUGAGCGAUGAUGCUCCCAUGUUCUAUAAUGCAUGGGAGCAUACAUUUGGUUCUUGCCAAAAAUUAUUAUGUGCUUGGCAUGUGGACAGAGCAUGGAAAGGUCAUUUGAAUUCUGAUUCUGUGCCAAAACAUAAAAGACAAGCAGUGUACAAAACUUUAAAAACUUUAAUGUAUGAAUUAGAUGAAGAAAUGUUCAACAAAAUGUUAGAAACAUUUUCUGAGCAACUAUGUGAAGAUGAAGACACGCGAGAAUUCCAUAAAUAUUUUAUGACAUACUAUUUUGAAAGAGCCAAAAUGUGGGCAUACUGUUUCAGAAAAGGGGCUAAAAUCAACACCAAUAUGUAUGUUGAAACAUUUCAUCGGAAAUUAAAAUAUAUUUAUUUAGAUGGGAAGAAAACCAAACGGGUUGAUAAAUGUAUCAUCGAGUUAAUUAAUCUUGUCAAUGAUCAAAAGUUUGACACUUACAUAAAAUAUCAGAAAGGAAAAAUAACAAAGAAGACAACAAAAACAUUUCAACGUCAUAAAGCUGCUGAGCUUUUAAAUGCUAACUGUGUAAAAAAAGAUGAUGUAUGGGAAGUUUCAUCAGAACUGGGAGAAAAUUCUUAUAAAAUUAUCAGAGAUCAUGUUUGUAAUGAUUUAUGCCUCAUAACUUGUAGACUUUGUUCAUGCUGUUUAAAAGCUUAUAAAUGUACAUGCCAUGAUUAUUCUAUUUUAAAUAAUAUGUGUAAACAUAUACAUUUUGUAAUCAUGUCUGAAAAAAAGACAGAACCUUAUAUAGGCCCUCUAAACAGAAUACCUACUAGGAAUAAUUAUGAAUCUUUAACAGUAAGUAAAACAUGCAUUAGUGAACUUAUUCAAUCUUCAUUUUCAAUUUCUGAAAAAUUAAACUGCAUUGAAAAUAUGGACAUUAAUCUUGCUACACAAAUAAAAAAAGCAUUUAAAUGCAAUUGA